AUGGAUGUGUACCGUGCAAGUUAUUGACUACACAACUCCUUCAUAAAACCCCCCUCCCUUCCCAUCACCAAACCACAACCAUCCAAUCAGAAACACAUGAAGGAAGAAGAACAUCAAAACGAAUUAGUUCAGACUCCCAAACAGAGAGCGGAAAAUUGCUUCCGUUGCAAUGUAUUCGCGUUUCUCAUCCCACUCUUGGAGGUUAUCAAGGUGGUUGCUGCUCCCGUUGCCUCCGUGAUCUUUAUAGGCAUCGCCGGGAUAAUACUCGCCGGUUCAGCCGUGGCAUUAGCUGUAUCCAUGCCGCUUUUCAUCAUAUUCAGUCCGGUUCUCUUACCUGCCACUAUAGCCACUACUCUCGCAUUCACUGGGAUCGGCGCAAUUAUCGCAUUCAAAGUGACUGCCGUGGGUCUCAUCAUAUGGCUCAUCAAGCAUAGGAUGGGAGUAAAGCCAGAGCAUAAUCCACCUCCACGAGGAGCUCCGCCAACCGGAAGUGUACCUAGUGGUGGAAUCUCACCAAUUAGUGGAGGUUUACCAAGCGUUGGAAUUUCAUCUAAUAGUAGAAAUUCAUCUAAUGGUGUAAGUUCAUCUAAAACUAGAAGUAAACACAAAGGUAAAAGCACAAUUUUGGAUAAAGUUAAAUCCAAAAUAAAAAAUAAAUUAAAAGGUAAAAAUGGCUCCUCUAGAGGUGGAAGUGCACCUAGUGGUGGAAUCUCACCAAUUAGUGGAGGUUCACCAAACGGUGGAAAUUCACCUAAUAAUGGAAAUUCAUCUAGCGGUGUAAGUUCAUCUAAGGCUGGAAGUAAACACAAAGGUAAAAGAAUAAUUUUGGAUAAAAUUAAAUCUAAGAUUAAAAGCAAAUUGAAAGAUAAGAAUGACUCUUCUAGUGGUGGAAUUUCAUCAAUAAGUGGAGGUUCACCAAGCGGUAGAAGUUCACCUAGUAGUAGAAAUUCAUCAAGCGGUGUAAGUUCACCUAAGGCUAGAAGUAAACACAAGAGCAAAAACACAAUUUUAGAUAAAGUUAAAUCCAAGAUUAAAAGAAAAUUGAAAGAUAAAAGUAGCUCCUCUAGUGGUGGAAGCUCAUCAAUAAGUGGAGGUUCACCAAGCGGUGGAAUUUCAUCUAGUAGUGAAAAUUCAUCAAGCGGUGUAAGUUCACCUAAGGCUGAAAGAAAAGACAACAGCAAAAAAACAAUUUUAGAUAAAGUUAAAUCAAAGAUUAAUAACAAAUUGAAAGGUAAAAGUAGCUCUUCUAGUGGUGGAAGUUCACCAAAUAGUGGAAGUUCACCAAAUGGUGGAAAUUCAUCUAGCGGUGCAAUUUCAACUAAGGCUGGAAGUAAACACAAGGGUAAAAGCACAAUUUUGGAUAAAGUUAAAUCUAAGAUUAAAAAUAAAUUAAAAGGUAAGAGUGGCUCUUCUAGUGGUGGAAGUGCACCUAGUGGUGGAAGCUCACCAAUUAGUGGAGGUUCACCAAGCGGUGCAAGUUCACCUAGUAGUGGAAAUUCAUCUAGCGGUGCAAGUUUAUCUAAGGCUGAAAGUAAACACAAAGGUCAAAAAACAAUUUUGGAUAAAGUUAAAUCCAAGAUUAAAAGCAAAUUGAAAGGUAAGAGUAACUCUUCUAGUGGUGGAAGUUCACCAAAUAGUGGAAGUUCACCAAGUAGUGGAAAUUCAUCUAGCGGUGCAAUUUCACCGAAUACUGGAAGUAAACACAAGGGUAAAAACACAAUUUUGGAUAAAGUUAAAUCUAAGAUUAAAAAUAAAUUAAAAGGUAAGAGUGGCUCUUCUAGCGGUGGAAGUGCACCUAGUGGUGGAAGCUCACCAAUUAGUGGAGGUUCACCAAGUGGUGCAAGUUCACCUAGUAGUGGAAAUUCAUCUAGCAGUGCAAGUUCAUCUAAGGCUGAAAGUAAACACAAAGGUCAAAAAACAAUUUUGGAUAAAGUUAAAUCCAAAAUUAAAAGCAAAUUGAAAGGUAAGAGUGGAUCUUCUAGUGGUGGAAAUUCACCAAUUAGUGGAAGUUCACAAAGAGGUGAAAGUUCACAGAGUAGUGGAAAUUCAUCUAGCGGUGCAAGUUCACCAAAAGGUGAAAGUAAACACAAAGGUAAAAGCUUAAUUUUGGAUAAAGUUAAAUCCAAGAUUAAAAAUAAAUUAAAACGUAAGAGUGGCUCAGCUAGUGGUAGAAGUGCACAUAGUGGUGGAAGCUCGCCAAUUAGUGGAGGUUCACCAAGCGAUGAAAGUUCACCUAAUAGUGAAAAUUCAUCUAGCGGUGCAAGUUCAUCUAAGGCUGGAAGUAAACACAAAAGUAAAAGAAUAAUUUUGGAUAAACUUAAAUCCAAGAUUAAAAGCAAAUUGAAAGGUAUGAGUGGCUCUUCUAGUGGUGGAAGUUCACCAAAUAGUGGAAGUUUACCAAGUGGUGGAAAUUCAUCUAGCGGUGCAAUUUCACCUAAGGCUAGAAGUAAACACAAGGGUAAAAGCACAAUUUUGGAUAAAGUUAAAUCUAAGAUUAAAAAUAAAUUAAAAGGUAAAAGUGGCUUUUCCAGUGGUGGAAGUGCACUUAGUGGUGGAAGCUCACCAAUUAGUGGAAGUUCACCAAGCGGUGCAAGUUCACCUAGUAGUGGAAAUUCAUCUACCGGUGCACGUUCAGCUAAGGCCGGAAGUAAACACAAAGGUAAAAAAACAAUUUUGGAUAAAAUUAAAUCCAAAAUUAAAAGCAAACUGAAAGGUAAAAGUGGCUCUUCUAGUGGUGGAAAUUCACCAAUUAGUGGAAGUUCACAAAGCGGUGAAAGUUCACAUAAUAGUGGAAAUUCAUCUAGCGGUGCAAGUUCACCUAAGGGUGGAAGUAAACACAAAGGUAAAAGCACAAUUUUGGAUAAAGUUAAAUCCAAGAUUAAAAAUAAAUUAAGAGGUAAGAGUGGCUCCUCUAGUGGUGGAAGUUUACCAAGCGGUGCAAGUUCACCUAGUAGUGGAAAUUCAUCUAAUGGUGCAAGUUCAUCUAAGGCUGGAAGUAAACACAAAGGUAAAAAAACAAUUUUGGAUAAAGUUAAAUCCAAGAUUAAAAGCAAAUUGAAAGGUAAGAGUGGCUCUUCUAGUGGUGGAAGCUCAUCAAUAAGUGGAGGUUCACCUAGCAGUGGAAGUUCACCUAAUAGUGGAAAUUCAUCGAGUGGUGUAAGUUCACCUAAGGCUGGAAGUAAACACAAGAGCAAAAGCACAAUUUUAGAUAAAGUUAAAUCCAAAAUUAAAAGCAAAUUGAAAGGUAAAAGUGGCUUCUCUAGUGGUGGAAGCUCAUCAAUAAGCGGAGGUUCACCAAGCGGUGGAAGUUCACCUAGUAGUGGAAAUUCAUCAAGCGGUGUAAGUUCACCUAAGGUUGGAAGUAAAAAAACAAUUUUGGAUAAAGUUAAAUCCAAGAUUAAAAGCAAAUUGAAAAGUAAGAGUGACUCUUCUAGUGGUGGAAAUUCACCAAUUAAUGGAAGUUCACAAAGCGGUGAAAGUUCACAUAGUAGUGGAAAUUCAUCUAGCGGUACAAGUUCACCUAAGGGUGGAAGUAAACACAAAGGUAAACGCACAAUUUUGGAUAAAGUUAAAUCAAAGAUUAAAAGCAAAUUGAAAGGUAAGAGUGGCGCUUCUAGUGGUGGAAGCUCAUCAAUAAGUAGAGGUUCACCAAGCGGUGGAAGUUCACCUAGUAGUGGAAAUUCAUCAAGCGGUGUAAGUUCACCUAAGGCUGGAAGUAAACACAAGAGCAAAAGUACAAUUUUAGAUAAAGUUAAAUCUAAAAUUAAAAGCAAAUUGAAAGGUAAGAAUGGCUCCUCUAGUGGUGGAAGCUCAUCAAUAAGCGGAGGUUCACCAAGUGGUGGAAGUUCACCUACUAGUGAAAAUUCAUCAAGCGGUGUAAGUUCACCUAAGAAUGGAAGUAAACACACGGGUAAAAGCACAAUUUUGGAUAAAGUUAAAUCUAAGAUUAAAAAUAAAUUAAAAGGUAAGAGUGGCUCUUCCAGUGGUGGAAGUGCACCUAGUGGUGAAAGCUCACCAAUUAGUGGAGGUUCACCAAGCGGUUCAAGUUCACCUAGUAGUGGAAAUUCAUCUACCGGUGCAAGUUCAUCUAAGGCUGGAAGUAAACACAAAGGUAAAAAAACAAUUUUGGAUAAAGUUAAAUCCAAGAUUAAAAGCAAAUUGAAAGAUAAGAGUGGCUCUUCUAGUGGUGGAAGCUCAUCAAUAAGUGGAGGUUCACCAAGCGGUGGAAAUUCAUCAAGCAGUGUAAGUUCACCUAAGGCUGAAAGAAAGCACAAGAGAAAAAACACAAUUUUAGAUAAAGUUAAAUCCAAAAUUAAAAGCAAAUUGAAAGGUAAGAGUGGCUCUUCUAGUGGUGGAAGUUCACUAAAUAGUGGAAGUUCACCAAGUGGUGGAAGUUCACCUAGUAGUGAAAAUUCAUCUAGCGGUGCAUAUUCACCUAAGACUGGAAGUAAACACAAGGAUAAAAACAAAAUUUUGGAUAGAAUUAAAUCCAAGAUUAAAAAUAAAUUAAAAGGUAAGAGUGGCUCUUCUAGUGGUGGAAGCUCACCAAUUAGUGGAGGUUCACCAAGCGGUAUAAGUUCACCUAGUAGUGGAAAUUCAUCUAGCGGUGUAAGUUCAUCUAAGGCUGGAAGUAAACACAAAGGUAAAAGAACAAUUUUGGAUAAAGUUAAAUCCAAGAUUAAAAGCAAAUUGAAAGGUAAGAGUGGCUCUUCUAGUGGUGGAAGCUCAUCAAUAAGUGGAGGUUCACCUAGCGGUGGAAGUUCACCUAAUAGUGAAAAUUCAUCGAGCGGUGUAAAUUCACCUAAAGCUGGAAGUAAACACAAGAGCAAAAGCACAAUUUUAGAUAAAGUUAAAUCCAAAAUUAAAAGUAAAUUGAAAGGUAAGAGUGGCUCCUCUAGUGGUGGAAGCUCAUCAAUAAGCGGAGGUUCACCAAGCGGUGAAAGUUCACCUAGUAGUAGAAAUUCAUCAAGCGGUGUAAGUUCACCUAAGGUUGGAAGUAAACACAAGGGGAAAAGCACAAUUUUAGAUAAAGUUAAAUCAAAUAUUAAAAGCAAAUUAAAAGGUAAGAAUGGUUCUUCUAGUGGUGGAAGUGCACCUAGUGGUGGAAGCUCUCAAAUUAGUGGAGGUUCACCAAGCGGUGCAAGUUCACCUAGUAGUGGAAAUUCAUCUACCGAUACCGAUGCAAGUUCAUCUAAGGCUGGAAGUAAACACAAAGGUAAAAAAACAAUUUUGGAUAAAGUUAAAUCCAAGAUUAAAAGCAAAUUGAAAGGUAAGAGUGACUCUUCUAGUGGUGGAAAUUCACCAAUUAGUGGAAGUUCACAAAGCGGCGAAAGUUCACAUAGUAGUGGAAAUUCAUCUAGCGGUACAAGUUCACCUAAGGGUGGAAGUAAACACAAAGGUAAACGCACAAUUUUGGAUAAAGUUAAAUCAAAGAUUAAAAGUAAAUUGAAAGGUAAGAGUGGCUCUUCUAGUGGUGAAAGCUCAUCAAUAAGUGGAGGUUCACCAAGCGGAGGAAUGUCACCUAGUAGUGGAAAUUCAUCAAGCGGUGUAAGUUCACCUAAGGUUGGAAGUAAACACAAGAGCAAAAGCACAAUUUUAGAUAAAGUUAAAUCUAAAAUUAAAAGCAAAUUGAAAGGUAAGAGUGGCCCCUCUAGUGGUGGAAACUCAUCAAUAAGCGGAGGUUCACCAAGCGGUGGAAAUUCACCUAGUAGUGGAAAUUCAUCAAGCGGUGUAAGUUCACUUAUGAAUGGAAGUAAACACAAGGGUAAAAUCACAAUUUUGGAUAAAGUUAAAUCUAAGAUUAAAAAUAGAUUAAAAGGUAAGAGUGGCUCUUCCAGUGGUGGAAGUGCACCUAGUGGUGAAAUCUCACCAAUUAGUGAAGGUUCACAAAGCGGUGCAAGUUCACCUAGUAGUGGAAAUUCAUCUACCGGUGCAAGUUCAUCUAAGGCUGGAAGUAAACACAAAGGUGAAAAAACAAUUUUGGAUAAAGUUAAAUCCAAGAUUAAAAGCAAAUUGAAAGGUAAGAGUGGCUCUUCUAGUGGUGAAAAUUCACCAAUUAGUGAAAGUUCACAAAGCGGUGAAAGUUCACAUAGUAGUGGAAAUUCAUCUAGUGGUACAAGUUCACCUAAGGAUGGAAGUAAACACAAAGGUAAAAGCACAAUUUUGGAUAAAGUUAAAUCCAAGAUUAAAAAUAAAUUAAACGGUAAGAGUGGCUCCUCUAGUGGCGGAAGUUCACCAAGCGGUGGAAAUUCACCUAGUAGUGGAAAUUCAUCUAGCGGUGCAAGUUCAUCUAAGGCUCGAAGUAAACACAAAGAUAAAAGAACAAUUUUGGAUAAAGUUAAAUCCAAGAUUAGAAGCAAAUUGAAUGGUAUGAGUGGCUCUUCUAGUGGUGGAAGCUCAUCAAUAACUGGAGGUUCACCAAGCGGUGAAACUUCACCUAGUAGUGGAAAUUCAUCAAGCGGUGUAAGUUCGCCUAAGGCUGGAAGUAAACACAAGAGCAAAAUCACAAUUUUAGAUAAAGUUAAAUCCAAGAUUAAAAGCAAAUUGAAAGGUAAGAGUGGUUCUUCUAGUGGUGGAAGCUCAUCAAUAAGUGGAGGUUUACCAAGCCGUGGAAGUUCACCUAAUAGUGAAAAUUCAUCAAGCGGUGUAAGUUCACCUAAGGCUGGAAGUAAAAACAAGAGCAAAAGAACAAUUUUAGAUAAAGUUAAAUCCAAGAUUAAAAGCAAAUUGAAAGGUAAGAGUGGCGCCUCUAGUGGUGGAAGCUCAUCAAUAAGUGGAGGUUCACCAAGCGGUGGAAGUUCAUCUAGUAGUGGCAAUUCAUCAAGCGGUGUAAGUUCACCUAAGGUUGGAAGUAAACACAAGGGAAAAAGCACAAUUUUAGAUAAAGUUAAAUCAAAGAUUAAAAGCAAAUUGAAAGGUAAGAGUGGCUCUUCUAGUGGUGGAAGCUCAUCAAUAAGUGGAGGUUCACCAAGCGGUGAAAGUUCACCUAGUAGUGGAAAUUCAUCAAGUGGUGUAAGUUCACCUAAGGCUGGAAGUAAACACAAGAGAAAAAGCACAAUUUUAGAUAAAGUUAAAUCCAAGAUUAAAAGUAAAUUGAAAGGUAAGAGUGGAUCUUCUAGUGGUGGAAAUUCACCAAUUAGUGAAAGUUCACAAAACGGUGGAAGUUCACAUAGUAGUGGAAAUUCAUCUAGCGGUACAAGUUCACCUAAGGGUGAAAGUAAACACAAAGGUAAAAGCACAAUUUUGGAUAAAGUUAAAUCCAAGAUUAAAAAUAAAUUAAAAGGUAAGAGUGGCUCCUCUAGUGGUGGAAGUUCACCAAGCGGUGGAAGUACACCUAGUAGUGGAAAUUCAUCUAGCGGUGUAAGUUCAUCUAAGGCUGGAAGUAAACACAAAGGUAAAAGAACAAUUUUGGAUAAAGUUAAAUCCAAGAUUAAAAGCAAAUUGAAAGGUAAGAGUGGCUCUUCUAGUGGUGGAAGCUCAUCAAUAAGUGGAGGUUCACCAAGCGGUAGAAGUUCACCUAGUAGUGGAAAUUCAUCAAGCGGUGUAAGUUCACCUAAAGCUGGAAGUAAACACAAGAGCAAAAACACAAUUUUAGAUAAAGUUAAAUCCAAGAUUAAAAGCAAAUUGAAAGAAAAAAGUGGCUCCUCUAGUGGUGGAAGCUCAUCAAUAAGUGGAGGUUCACCAAGCGGUGGAAGUUCAUCAAGCGGUAGAAGUUCACCUAGUAGUGGAAAUUCAUCAAGCGGUGUAAAUUCACCUAAAGCUGAAAGUAAACACAAGAGCAAAAACACAAUUUUAGAUAAAGUUAAAUCCAAAAUUAAAAGCAAAUUGAAAGGAAAAAGUGGCUCCUCUAGUGGUGGAAGCUCAUCAAUAAGUGGAGGUUCACCAAGCGGUGGAAUUUCACCUAGUAGUGGAAAUUCAUCAAGCGGUGUAAGUUCACCUAAGGUUGGAAGUAAACACAAGGGCAAAAGCACAAUUUUAGAUAAAUUAAAGUCAAAGAUUAAAAGCAAAUUGAAAGGUAAGAGUGGCUCUUCUAGUGGUGGAAGUUCACCAAGCGGUGGAAUUUCACCUAGUAGUGGAAAUUCUUCUAGCGGUGCAAGUUCAUCUAAGGAUGGAAGUAAACACAAAGGUAAAAGAACAAUUUUGGAUAAAAUUAAAUCCAAGAUUAAAAGCAAAUUGAAAGGUAAUAGUGGCUCUUCUAGUGGUGGAAGCUCAUCAAUAAGUGGAGGUUCACCAAGCGGUGAAAGUUUACCUAGUAGUGGAAAUUCAUCAAGCGGUGUAAGUUCAUCUAAGGCUGGAAGUAAACACAAGAGCAAAAGCAAAAUUUUAGAUAAAGUUAAAUCCAAGAUUAAAAGUAAAUUGAAAGGUAAGAGUGGCUCUUCUAGUGAUGGAAGUUCACCAAAUAGUGGAAGUAAGAGUAGCUCCUCUAGUGGUGGAAGUGCACCUAGUGGUGGAAGCUCACCAAUUAGUGGAGGUUCACCAAGCGGUGAAAGUUCACAUAGUAGUGGAAAUUCAUCUAGAGGUGCAAGUUCGUCUAAGGCUGGAAGUAAACACAAAGGUAAAACAACAAUUUUGGAUAAAGUUAAAUCGAAGAUUAAAAGGAAAUUGAAAGGGAAAAGUGGCUCUUCUAAUUUAUUUGAUGGUGAAAGUUCAGCGAUGAGUACGAGCUCGCCAAGGAGAGAAAAUUCAUCUAGUGGUGGGACUUCAACUAAAAGUGAAAGUAAACACAUGCGUAAAAGAAAAUUCAGGGUCGAAAGCAAAUCUAAGAUUCAAAAUGAGUUUGGGGAUCAAAAUGGUUCAUCAAUGAGUAAAACCUCAUCAAAAGACGAAACAAGAUCAGAAAGAGAAUCAUCUAUGCGUUCAUUUAGUGGCGAAAAUUCACAUGUAAGUAGAAGUUCAUCAAGCGAAAGAAGUUCAUCAAGCAAAAGAAGUUCAUUUAGAUAUGAAAAUAAACACAAUGGAUAAAAAUAAACAAAUAGUCUAAGAUUAGAAGUAAACUUCGUUGUCAUUGUGAUUUGUCAAUGG